UGUUUGCAUCAUUCUGAAGACAGGGUUUGGACUCCUCCGAGUUUCAGGCUUCUGAAGACAAUCUGGCUUUAUGAAAGCUUUUUAACUUCUGAUAUAGAAGAAUGCUCCUGUAUUUAAAUGUUUGGGCAGAUCAUUUUCCUGAUUCUUCACCAUGCUAAACAUAUUGGGGUCAUCCAGAAAGCUAAACGCGUUCAAUGCAGAAUCCAGUGCUGUGCUUGUAAAGGCAUGUUAAUAAACAUGUUUACAGAGCAUCGAUCAUGUAGACUCGGCUAGCCUAAGCAUGUGCUGUGCAUUAUUCAAUAUAUAGAAAUACACUUUUUUUUUUUCCCAAACGUGAAGGUCUUGCGUUACAUGAACGGAUUCUAUUGCUGAUAUCUGCGAAUGCAGCUAAGCGCCUUCUCCUACUCUCGCAGAGUUUUCUAUUCGUAUUUCACUAUACGACCAUUUGAACUGAAAACACAGAAUCAAACACAUUAAAAAAAAAAAAAAAAAAAAACCCACGCCUCCCACACGAUAACGUCACCGGAAACAAAAACAAACCGUUUUCCCGUCCCACGUUGAUGACAGCCCCGGAGCGCCUCUUGUCUCCAGCGAGGACGCAGAAGGAGCUGGUUUUGCAGAAGAGAGAUUUACAGCAACGAGAUCCAUCAAAACUAGAAAAAAAAAAAAAAAAAAGCGGAUUGUAUAGUAAGAUCGAGGUUGCACAAGAGACUACAGCGAAGAUGGCGGUCAAGAUAGGAGAGGACCGUUUGAAGGAGAUGGAGGCUGAGAUGGCUCUGUUUGAGCAGGAGGUGCUGGGUGCGCCAGUCUCGGGGCCCUCAGUCACAGAUGAGGUGGAGGUGGAGGUGGAGGCGGAGCCGGAGGCGGGGCCUGUAGCCGUCGCCAUGCCAGCAGAACCCGUGAUCCGGGCCAUCAUAGGAACCAACACCUACAGACAGGUCCAGCAGAGCUUGGAAGCCAGAGCCACUGCCUUCGUUGUGCCGCCCCCCAGUGCUUUUGUAGGACCAGGAAUUCCUCCCCCGCCUCCCUCUGUCAUGAGACCAGCAUUCGUACCACACAUCCUCCAGAGACCAGGCGGGCACAGAAUGCCCAUGAUGCGUGGCCCCCCUCCUCAGUCAAUGGUGGCCCCCCCCAUGCCCAGACCUCCUCCGCCUCCCCCCAUGAUGAUGAGACCCCCCAUGCCUGGACCGCCACAGCAUCACAUGGGACAUAUGGGGAACAUGGGCACUAUGGGACCAAUGUUACCGGGGGGUGGUAUGACGCACAUGGUUCCUGUGCCCAGGCCGGUGAUGCAGGCCCCUCCUAAGAUGAGCCCCACUGUGAUCCAGGCGGCCCCCACAGUCUACACCGCUGCGCCCGUCAGCAGGAAGCAGGAAGGCCGCAAUGCAGCCCGCCAGGCCCGUGUGGAGGAGCUGUUGGCGUCGGUGGCGCAGCAGCAGGCAGCGUUGGCGGCAGCAGCGGUGCUGAUGGAAGAGAAGGAGGCCUCCGCUGCGCUGGACGAGUCGGUGAUCGGACCCAGCAUGCCUGAGCAGGAGCCUGUGCACGCUGAGGCACUAGAGGGCAGCAGUGCGGAGGACAGGAAGAAGAACAAGCAGGAGAAGGUGAAGCGCUGCAUUCGCACUGCGGCCGGGACGUCCUGGGAGGACCAGAGUCUCCUGGAGUGGGACACGGAUGAUUUCCGGAUCUUCUGCGGUGACCUGGGUAACGAGGUGAACGAUGACAUCCUGACCCGGGCGUUCGGACGCUACCCCUCCUUCCUCAAAGCCAAGGUGGUUCGGGACAAGCGCACAGGCAAGACCAAGGGCUACGGCUUUGUGAGCUUCAAGGACCCCAACGACUACGUGCGUGCCAUGCGGGAGAUGAACGGUAAAUACGUGGGCAGUCGCCCCAUCAAACUGAGAAAGAGCAUGUGGAAGGACCGGAACAUCGAGGUCGUGCGGAAGAAACAGAAAGAUAAGAAGAAGCUGGGACUGAGAUAAGGGAGGGAGGGUCUGUGUGUUGGGAGGGGGAGUCCACUGUCACUUACUUAGAGAGGUGAAAUCUGCAAAGGGGGUAGAUUUAAGGGGAAAAAAAAAAAAGUUAACAAUAUGACUCCAAACAACAUAGACAGUCAUUCUAAUUACUUAUGAAGCGACUUGUUGCUGAGAAAGUGUUACAAGAAAAAUCUCCCUGUUCUGACCGGGUUUUCUCAGACCGGUUACCUAUUGAUUGUAUUGACAGGUUAUUUGUUUUCUCCCAAGUCGCCACUAGAUGGCAGUAAAGCCCAAGCUGUUUGUUUUUAGUAUUCACAGUUAUCUGUGACAUCGCAAAUAACUUUAAACCAUUUAUUAUUUUUUUCAAUUGGUUUUCUACCAGACUAUAAUAAAACUUGAUUAGCUUUACAGUUGUUCUCUGUGUGGUGAAGUAUGUCUCUAAUUCUCUAUUUCUUUUUUGUAAUAAAAACAC